AUGGGAAAAACCCUAGAAACUCUUAACUGGAAAGUAUUAUCCCUUUGUUUGCUCCUUUUUAUUCAGGUUGCUAGUGCCCUUUCAGAUCCUUACCUUUCAUUUGCUGCUGCACUGAAUGGUUUGGCUGGACCUCUUCAUGGGUUGGCGAAUCAGGAAGUCUUGCUCUGGAUCAAAUCUGUGGUAGAUGAGUGCGGGGAGAACAUUACCCAAGAUCAAUUGAAAGAUUAUGUCUGGAAGACACUGAAUAGUGGAAAGGUUGUUCCUGGAUUUGGACACGGAGUUCUGCGUAAUACAGACCCAAGAUAUUUAUGCCAGAGGGAGUUUGCGCAAAAACACUUACCCAAUGAUCCACUUUUCCAACUGGUUUCCAAGCUUUUUGAUGUAGCGCCCCCUAUUCUCACAGAGCUUGGCAAGGUAAAAAACCCUUGGCCAAAUGUUGAUGCCCACAGUGGUGUAUUGUUGAACUAUUACGGUUUAACUGAAGCGAGAUAUUACACUGUUCUUUUCGGUGUGUCGAGGUCCAUUGGCAUCUGUUCACAGCUAAUAUGGGACCGGGCUCUAGGGUUGGCUCUGGAGAGACCAAAGAGUGUUACAAUGGACUGGCUUGAGCAACACUGCAAGAAAUCAUCUUAACUAAUAUGACUUUGAGGAGGUUUGUGUCAAUAAUGGGUUGGUUUGCGUCUUGUCUCUUUGUGGGGCUAGUAUAGAGUUUCAUUGAAUAUUCAUUUCACCUUUGUGUAAUUUUAUGGUGAACUUUUUUGGUACCCCAUAAUUGCCCUUCUCCAGAUAUAUGUUAGUGUACCUGUUAAAAAUUGUUCAUCGAAGGGCUUUUGUUUAUGAGGACCAUUGGAGGUAUACAUAAUUACAUACCAUCUACAAUUCACAAUAAAUUAGUAAAAAGACAUUGACUAAA